AUGUCGACCACAGAAAAGAAAAACACUGCUGAGCCAGUCGACAAAGAAGCCAUCCGCGAGCUGAUCAACGAGCUCGAACGCAAACUCGACGCUUUGUACACUCUCAGCGAUGAGGUCAACAGAGGUAUUCUCGAGAGUAAAGAUGCGCUCGAAAGCGUUCGCGAGAAACGCGUCAAGCUGCUCAGAGCGCGGCUAGAUCGGAUCUUCCAGCAGUGGAAUAUCGGGCCUCUGACUAGCAACCAUCACCCGUCAACUUAG